UUUUCAGAGCUUUAGCCAUUGAUGCUGAAGAAUGUAAAUCUACUGUGAGCCUUGCACCCUACAAAUCAUCUUCUUUGUCGAAGGAAAACAGCGACGACUUCAAUCAAAAGCAUUUCACCGGAUGAAUGUGACUAACGUGUGACGACAUGACUGACAGGUGUAUCAGGCUGCUGCGUUUUUAAGAAACAGGAAAUAUGCCGCUGCUAAAGGCUUGAGGGGUUGCAAGCAUAUCGUGCUCACAAAGGCUGAUGCCCCUGCAAAGGCAUGGUGUAACUGGGACAUCACUGUGCUUGGAGCAGUCUCACCAUGAAGGGCUCCAGCUCCAGAUUGGCCUUCUCCCUGGGCUUCCUGGUGGGGGCCUGCAGCAUCUACUUUUUCCUGCGCCAGGUGUGGUUUGAGAGGAGUUACCCGGUGCUGACAGAGGCCCAGGAAAGAGCCACAGCGGUGUCGGAGAGCCCAACCAGCUGGAGGAAGGAAGGAGCUGCUCUCAUCAACCUGCUCCACCCUCACCAUGCAGAUGAAGACAGCCGGCUGGCAGAUGUGUUGUACCAGAAGGUACGCGUUCUUUGUUGGGUGAUGACAGGGCCGUACAACCUGCAGAGCCGGGCCCGCCAUGUGAGGGCCACCUGGAGUCGCCACUGCAACGUGGUGGUGUUCAUGAGCUCUGUGGAGGACCCAGACUUCCCCACUGUGGGCCUGGGCACUAAGGAGGGCCGUGACCAGCUCUACUGGAAGACCAUUCGAGCUUUUCAUUAUGUCUACGAGCACCAUGCGAGUGAAGCAGAUUGGUUCUUAAAGGCAGACGAUGACACCUUCGUUGUGGUGGACAACCUGCGCUGGAUCCUGUCGAACCACACCCCUGAAGAGCCCAUCUACUUCGGCAAACGCUUCAAGCCUUACACAAAGCAAGGUUACAUGAGCGGAGGGGCUGGCUACGUGCUGAGCAAAGAGGCCCUCAAGAGAUUUGUGGAAGGCUUUCGGACCAAAGUUUGCACACACAUCACCCCUGUAGAGGACUUGGCGCUGGGGCAGUGCUUGGAGAAGAUGGGUGUUCAGGCGGGGGACUCCAGAGACACUCUACAUCGAGAAACGUUCCACCCGUUUGUGCCAGAGCACCAUCUAACUGGCAAAUUCUCAAAGAGCUUCUGGUACUGGAGCUAUUGUUACUACCCGAUUGUUGAGGGUCCACAGUGCUGCUCUGACCUGGCAGUGUCUUUCCAUUAUGUAGAAGCAGAGCUGAUGUACACUCUGGAGUAUUACACCUAUCACCUGAGAGCGUUCGGCUACCGGCCGCGCUACCGGCCCUCCGUACGCCAGGGUCUGACCCCCGGCCCACUCUCACAGACAGUCGUGACGGCAGGACUUAAAGCGGUUCAGGUGGUGACAGAUGGAAGGGGUCACACAACUUCAGCCUCCUCGCUCGGUGGAAACACAACUAAAUCAGAGACUGAGCCAGAGAAACUUGGGAAAGACGAUUUAAACUCUGGCGUCACAGAGAACCGGACUGGAGUCACUCAGGGCCGGCACCGCUGAUUCUGUGUUCGAGCCGGGGAUGAUUUCCCUGCACAGUAUGUUGGAAAAUGUUUUCUUCUGACCAGUGCUUGAAUUGGAAUAAAAAAGGUGCCAGUACUCUAAAUCAGCAACUGUUUCAAGUAAAUUUAUUUAUACAGCCCAAAAACAAGAAUUUGGCUCAAAGUCAUAGUAUAUCCUAUAAUGCUGGUGGGUUUGUCUCUUUACUGUAUAUUUUAGAAAGGCUCACUGUACUAAACAAAAUGACUCGGGGUGCAUCUGAGUUUAGAGGGGGUGCAGGGGUAAAGUGCUAUUUUUAUAAGUGGGGAGUGGAUCUAACACAAGAUUUUUUUUUUAAAUAUUGAAGUUAAAUGCAUCAAUCUGGUGCACUUUGAGAAAAAAAUUAAGAGAUCUAUGGAUACAUCUCUCAACAUCCAUAUGAAACAGAACUGUAAACAGAUUUUCUAUUUCUUUAUGGAUAUUUUACAAAUCACUCCCCUUGUUUUACUGUCAUAUAGUAUUUCAUUUUUAGUGAGUUACUCAGAUGAGUACCAGGAGACAGCAUUUGGUACUCUGGUACAAUUGUGGUGAAGGCAUCUGAGUUAGAUGUAUUUGAACCGAAAUGUCUACAGGCAUAGCAGAAGAUGGCAUCUUUUUUACAGGAACUUCCAGCCAAUCUCUGUUUUUAAACCAUGAGCUGCAAAAUGAGCGCCUUACCCCACUGUACAGGCGAGUUGGGAACUUGUUUGAAUAUACCUGGGCAGGCUCUGUUUUGCCGAGGUCCUCUGGCACUUGCGGGCCGCCGAGGGGUGGCGGUGUUUGGGGCGACGAAGACUGCUGCUCCGGGGUCGAGGCGGGCAAAGCGGCGGCGGCACCUCAUACCUUAUGACGCAUCUACUGAAUACUGAGUACCGGCACCGUGCCGGUACUCGGUAAGAAGUAACGGUACCAGAUGGGUAAAAAUCAGAAGUCCUGGUACUGCGUACCGGUGAGUACCGGCCCAAUUCAAGCACUGCUUCUGACCGCUCUUCCUUGAUCCGAUCGCAGUGUUUUUCCAGUCAGUAUGACACCGUGAGCCCUCACAGUGAGAAUGCUUAAUAUUUGGAUAUGAUUUAGUUGCAGCUCCUAUGCGUUGACUGUUUUUUUAACCAAGAUAAACUUUUGGGUUUAUUGCGCUUUAAAUAGUCAUUUUAGUUAAUUAACUUAUGAUGUCACAAAGUCUUAAAUAUGUGUUGAAAGUAAUACAAGAAGAGGCGCAUAGAAUAUUAUUUUACCUAAUAGUCAAUAAUACAGCAACACAUUUUCUUAAUAUAUAUUUUAAAUUGUUUUUUAAUUUUGUUUUUUAAAUGGACAGCAGCGACAAAUGGCAGUGUGCUGCUUUUCUUUACAUUGUAUUUGCUUUUAUUGUGUUAUAUCUGAUGUUCUCUGUACAUAUCUGAUUAAAAUGUUUAAUUUCAAAUUAAACCAUUACAACAUGUA